UAGGUCACUCUUCGUAACCCUCGAGUUAUUGAAUUUCGUUUCGCUUGCCCAUUUUCCUGACGCCAGGGACGCCAUACUGUGUUCUCCUUUUGUCAUUGCUUUUCCAAUCGGAAUUUCAAUACAUCAGGUUUUACCCUUUGCUGCCCUUUACAAUAUCACUGCCUCGCAUUGCUUUUACAUAUAUAAGGGAGUCCGGGCCCUUGAAUCGAAUCGCCCCCCAUUGCACCCCCCCUACAUAUCUCGGAGCUGGUCUCCUCCAUCACUAUCGACUAGUAUGAAAACUCAAGCUCCUCAGUUCUACACUCCUCCAGGUCGCACUGGGAAUAUUAAGUCAUGGAUUCUUCGAAUGGUUUUCGUUGUGGCACUAGCUUCUACGCUGCAAUUGAGCACCGUUUAUGCAUCUCCCCUUCCCACUAAUCCGGGCUCUGGAUCUGGUACACCCGUGCAUGCCAAUAGCCCAGCUCCAGAAUCCACAGGCGCCCCUGAUCACGCUAGGUUAAACAAGGCAUUGGAUAAGUGGACCAUGUUUGCGACGGGAUCUACAUUGAUAGGCUUCGCGUAUGCCAAACCGGAAAUCGCAGAGGAGCGCAAGGGCCAAUUCACCAGCGCCAGCAAACUGAUUCUUCCAAAUCCUCUCUGGUCCCUGGCGACGGACGAAUUGUAUCUGUUACCGAAACUUGGUAUGGUGAAUCAGAACCCCAACAACGCUCAUUGGAAUUGUUUAGUCUAUGCCAAGAAGUCAAAGAUAGAUGAAAUGAAGUCUGACAUGGUCUACGAAAGUCGCGAGGAACAAUCCCCUCCGUACCCAGAACAACUUCCUCCGUCCCCAGGACAGCAACUCCCUCCCUACACGAGAACACCCAUUCCGAACGUACCCCCUGCACAACCCGCGAAUCUGCAAAAUCCGAUCGUCUUCUUCAAACAGGAGGCAUUCCCCGGUACUGUUGCAAUGCGAGUUCCCAAAAAUAAGAUCAAGGAAUGGGAAAUUGAUGCAGUCUGCCACGAGACUACAAAGGAUCUUGUAAAAUUGAAAGUUAGUUGGAAUGAGUGGAAGUCGAGUAUUCGCAAUUGGCCCGAAGACGAGGACUUGGUGUAGUGUAUCAAAGUGUUAGAGUCUGCCAUGUACUCAAAUUUACUCAAAUAUGCUCCCAAGGCUGAUCAAUACUUUUGACCUUUGCUCUACAUUGAUGUACUAUGAACACUCUACUUCUGCCAUUGCAUUUCACCUAUUUCCUGUUUCUUGCGUCCAGGCAUACCAUCAUGAUGUUUCUCUUUCGAGCUCAUACCUGAACCCGGCUUCCCCAACGAAUCAUUUACUUCGGCGGACGUUGCGCCAUUUAUUGUUUGUGAAGCAGACGUGUGCGCCAUACAGCUAUGUUCAGCAUUGGAUAAUGAAGCGUCUUUGUCCACGACGGUAUCGAGAGUGAUGGGAGCGCCGUGUUCAGGCUCUUGACCUUCUGGUCGACCGUCGACGAUACCCUGGUUGGUUCGCUCAGAGUUUUGCUGUUUUAAUACAGA